UUAAAAGCUUAAAAGAGAGAGUGAUUUCGAAAUCAAAUGGAGGCAUCUCGGCUGUUGCGGCUUCGAAUUGCGGAGUUCCUCAUCUCUUCCUCUCUUCAACUGGGCGUUCCUCCAAUUGUCAAAUACACGGCCUUAUCGAUGUUUAUUGAACGAUUCUACCCGUCCCUUAAAAGGAAGGCUAGGUUUAUACAGGAAAAUGACACAGGAAAUUGGCUUUUGAAACCCCUGAGUGAGAGCAAUUUGCAGCUUUUUGCCCUAAUUUCUAUAUGGAUCUCAAGCAAGCUACAUGAUUCUUGUCCUUUGUCCGUAAAAAGUUUGAAGUCUUUGGGAGAUGAGGUUAUUAAGGAACAGCAUUUCACAACACGAGAUUUUUCAGAAGCAGAAGUAGUCUUUAUGCAGGUGUUGGAUUUCGAGAUUGGUGUGUCAAAUAUCAGUUUUGUGUUCUUGGAAGAUCUUCUAAUUCAGUUCAGGGAACUAGCAAGGAUUGGGGAACUUGUGAACUUUGAAGCAUGCAUGGAUAUCAUGGAUCUUCUAUAUGAAACAGAGGAGACAUCAAUGCUUUUUAACUCUCCUCGUUCACUUGCUGCAUCUGUCUUGGUUGCUUCAUAUGUUAUUACAGUUCCCUUGCAGCAGUUGGAGUUUCCCCUUCUUCCUUGGGUGAAAUUUGUGACCUCUUACAAAGAAGAAGAUAUUCAGGAAAUAGUAAGGGCUAUUCUUGAGCAUGUAGUGAAGGAUGGUUCAGAGAAGAAGUGCAGUAGCCACUUAAUUUUAAAUGGUGUGUGAUUGAAUGAUUGGAAAUCCAGUUUCAUGCAAUGAUGCUCAAGUCUGUGA